GAAAUCUUCCUGCUUCCUGCUUUUGAAUGCUGGGAUUAAAGGCAUAAGUAUUAUUAUGUGACAAUGGAUUUUCCUGGUCACUUUGAGCAGAUCUUUCAACAGCUGAACUACCAGAGACUUCAUGGCCAGCUCUGUGACUGUGUCAUUGUAGUGGGGAACAGGCAUUUUAAAGCCCACCGUUCUGUGCUGGCAGCAUGCAGCACGCAUUUCCGAGCUCUGUUCUCUGUGGCAGAGGGAGAUCAAACCAUGAACAUGAUCCAGCUAGAUAGUGAGGUGGUGACAGCAGAGGCCUUUGCGGCACUGAUUGACAUGAUGUAUACCUCCACCCUCAUGCUAGGGGAGAGCAACGUUAUGGAUGUCUUAUUGGCAGCCUCUCACCUGCAUCUGAACUCCGUUGUUAAAGCGUGUAAACAUUACCUGACGACAAGGACGCUGCCCAUGUCUCCCCCCAGUGAGCGUGUUCAGGAUCAGAGUGCUCGCAUGCAGCGCUCUUUCAUGCUGCAGCAGCUGGGACUGAGCAUCGUGAGCUCAGCCCUCAGUUCCAGCCAGAGUGGCGAGGAGCCGCCUGCCCCCAUGAGCUCAUCCAUGCGCAACAACCUGGACCAGCGGACACCCUUCCCCAUGAGACGCCUUCACAAGCGCAAGCAGUCUGUAGAGGAGAGGGCCCGGCAGCGCCUCCGACUCCCCAUGGAUGAAUCUGCCAUUUCAGAUGUUACCCCAGAGAGCGGGCCUUCGGGAGUCCAUUCUCGGGAGGAGUUCUUUUCACCAGAUUCUCUGAAAAUUGUGGAUAAUCCUAAACCCGAUGGGAUGGCUGACAACCAGGAAGACAGUGCUAUGAUGUUUGAUAGGCCUUUUGGUGCCCAAGAAGAUGCCCAGGUGCCCAGCCAGUCAGAUGGCAGUGCUGGCAACAUGGCCUCUCGUGCAACUCAGGUUGAAACUAGUUUUGAACAAGAAGCUGUAGCUGAGAAAGGCAGUUUCCAAUGUGAAAAUCCUGAGGUUGGCCUUGGGGAGAAGGAACACAUGAGAGUGGUGGUGAAGUCGGAGCCGCUGAGCUCUCCCGAGCCACAGGACGAAGUGAGCGAUGUGACCUCCCAAGCAGAGGGCAGCGAGUCUGUAGAAGUGGAAGGCGUGGUGGUCAGUGCCGAGAAGAUAGACCUCAGCCCUGAAAGCAGCGAUCGGAGCUUCUCAGACCCCCAGUCCAGCACAGACAGGGUCGGCGACAUCCACAUUCUGGAAGUCACAAAUAAUCUAGAACAUAAGACCUCUUUUAGUAUUUCAAAUUUUCUCAACAAGAGCAGGGGGAGUAACUUUAGCACAAGUCAGAGCACCGAUGACAACAUCCCAAACACCACCAGUGACUACAGGUUGGAGGGUGAGGCCCCUUAUCUGUUGAGUCCAGAGGCUGGGCCUGCAGGUGGGCCUUCCUCUGCCCCUGGUUCCCAUGUAGAGAACCCAUUCAGUGAGCCUGCAGACUCCCACUUUGUCAGGCCUGUGCAGGAGGUGAUGGGCCUGCAGUGUGUGCAGACCUCAGGCUUCCAAGGAGAACAAUUUGGGAUGGACUUUUCCAGGUCUGGCUUGGGUCUCCACUCUUCCUUUUCCAGGGCAGUGAUGGGUUCCCCAAGAGGAGGAGCUAGUAACUUUCCGUACUACCGACGCAUAGCUCCCAAAAUGCCGGUUGUAACUUCUGUCAGGAGCUCACAGAUCCCUGAAAACUCCUCUAGUUCCCAGCUGAUGAUGAACGGGACCACCUCAUUUGAAAGCAGCCACCCUUCCCAGCCUGGCCCUCCGCAGUUGACCAGGGCAUCCGCCGAUGUCCUGUCAAAGUGCAAGAAGGCCUUAUCAGAGCACAAUGUCUUGGUCGUGGAGGGGGCUCGCAAGUAUGCCUGCAAAAUCUGCUGUAAAACCUUUCUGACUUUGACAGACUGCAAGAAGCACAUCCGAGUUCACACGGGCGAGAAGCCAUAUGCCUGCCUCAAGUGUGGCAAGAGGUUCAGUCAGUCCAGCCACCUGUACAAACACUCGAAGACCACCUGCCUGCGCUGGCAGAGCAGCAACCUCCCCAGCACUUUGCUCUAACCAUCUCUUCUCGUGAGACAGUACACAGGCCAGUUCUGCACCAAAAUUAAAAUCGCUGUUGGCAGGCAGCUCAUGCCACUGGACGUGAGGCCUUCGCUGGCCCUUUGCAUUUCAGCCAGUGGUUAGCAGAGAACUGUUAAGUGUAGUACUGACACUGAGAACUAACUCUUAGGUGUAGUACUGACGCUGCAGCAUUUCUGAGGGAGGUAUGCACCAGCUCCUUCCUUAGGGUGGAGGAAUGCAGUCAUAUAGUUUGUCAUUGAUGUUGAGAGUGUCAAAUUUUAAAUGGAAGUGAUGAAAACAUUUAACACUAUAUUAAAGCCCUGUGAAGCAUUUAAUUAAAUUUCCUACAUCCUCUGGUGGGAAUAUGCCAUCCCUGUACAGCAGUGCAAAACAUACUUACGUGUAAGCAGGUGACUUGGUGCUGUGUGAACAAAGGCCCUGGAGGGCAAGCCUGUCUGUCAGAAAUGCUUUAAAGUGUAUCCUGAGCUAGUCCGAGGCCACAGAAAGUACUGUUAUCCUUUUUUUUAGUCCAAGUUGCAGUCAUUGACACUGCCCUCUGAUGGUGCUGACACUGGGUCCAGGUGAACACGCCCUUGGACUAACAGGUGUAUAUACUUUUGAAUCAUCUCUGUGGAAUAGGUGUUUUUAUUAAUUUUUUUCUGGUUUUAAAAAUAAACUUGUAAGUGGAGUAUGUAUUUGUAGGGAGUGACAGUGAGGUGUUUCUGUACGUGCUGUGUUAGCAAUGUUUUAACCUUUGUAUUCCCUAUGCAGUAGUUCUGUUGGAAGUCAGCAGGAACUAGUGUCCGUCUUUGUUCUGGUGAUAUGGAGUCCUGUUUUGUGGGUUUUCAUGGUGCAUUUGCCUUUCACUCCAUCCCGAUGUCCAAGCCAGCCAGGUCUGGCUGGCCUUGCCACCCGUGAUCAACUGCUCUGCUUUGUCACUUCUCACUCCCAAGCCCCAUAGAACAUCUCUCCCAGGCAUAACCAGCAGAACCAAGCAUAGCAGCCAUGGUUUUAUACCUCAGCUGCCAGUGGUGUCGUUCCUUUCACCAAUACUCGGCAUUCCAUCAUCUGAAACCUAAAUGGGGUAGUGUUCAUAGCUAUGUGUUUUCCAGGCUUUGGAAGAAUUAGGCAGCCCCCACACAGCAUAGAACUCACCAGAAAUAUCCAAGGCUCUUGGAGAGGCAGUCAGUUCUCUGUCCAGGACUCUGUGUCCUCCUCCCUCUAGCCUUGCUGUCAUGACUGCUGUUCCUGGUGUGUACCCAGGGAUCAGCACGGGUCCAUGCAUGUCUGUAGGCUCAUUUAUUUCAUUCAUGGACAAGAAUUCUUUUUUUUCUCAGAGAUGCCAAACCAUUGUGCACAAUUCAGAGAAAUUCAGUUCUUCAGUGUAGAAAACUGUGUAUUUCUGUAUUUCCUAAAACAAAUGACUGUGUGUCUUCUCUUAAGCUAGUGUGACCAUGAAUCUGUGGAUAGACCAAACUGAUUCCCAGGGAGGACAGCCCAAAUGGAAACCUGGACCCUCUUCCUGAGCAGCAGGUGUGUGGGAAAGACCAGUGGAGGCAAUGGGGUCACUUGAGAAAUUGCAGUGUGGCUCAUGUAGAACCAGAGAUGCCCUGCUGGGUGAGGAGCCAGUGUCACAGGCAGAGAAUGGCAACCAUUCUUCCUUCCUGCCUUAAGGAUGUGGUGUUUGGAGUCUGUCCCUCACCUCAGCUUGGAUAUGAAUGGACUUUGCUUUGGGGCCUGCCUCUCCACUGCUGGAUGGACCUGGAAUCUCAUCUACCUCGUAGUCAGUCUCUACGUUUGAGAAGAAAGCUUGCAGGCCAGUGUCCUCCAACAUGCUGUAGCACUUAAAGAUUUCCAAGGGUCCCUGGGAAACUGGACCCAGGGCUGCUGUGACCUGGAGUUCUACUGGGAUUCUAACUGGUACUGGGGACCCGACUUUUGAUUUUUAGCCUUAAUUGUAGCCCGGCAUAAUCAUGUACAAUCUUCUAGAGAUGGCAUCAAAUAUAGAGGCACCCUGUCGGUGCUAAUAUACUGGUCAAAACAGAUUUUGAAAUAAAAAAAAAAACUGUCAUA